AGGAGGAGGGGGCGGAGCCAGACGGUGACCCGGAAGCAUAAAAGGUGGCACAGGGGGCUAUUGCUGGGGAGCGGCAGCAGCGACCGCAGCGGUAGUAGCAGCGAUUUAUUCGUGCGCAGCCCCAGACUGGGAAGAAGAUGCUAAUUAAAGUGAAGACACUGACUGGGAAGGAGAUUGAAAUUGACAUAGAACCCACAGACAAGGUGGAGCGAAUCAAGGAGCGGGUGGAGGAGAAGGAAGGAAUUCCCCCACAGCAGCAGCGGCUCAUCUACAGUGGCAAACAGAUGAAUGAUGAGAAGACAGCAGCAGAUUACAAGAUCCUGGGGGGCUCAGUCCUCCACCUGGUGCUGGCCCUGAGAGGAGGGGGAGAGCUUAGGCAGUGAAGGACCCUCCCUCCGUAAUCUCCUUACCCUGGCGCUCAUAAUGAAGCAUCUAUUCUGUCACUCUCUGGGACUCCAGAGUCACUGCCCCUUCCCCUGGAUGCCCAGCCUUGUGUGUCUACUGGUGGGAGACUGUGAGGGCCCCAGGAUGCGGUGUUCCUGGCCCGAAAGACCCUUGCUGGCCUUUGGGUUUUAGUUUGCAGUCCUGUGUGUGUUUCCCUCUCUUUAGGCUAUGUCCCUGGUUGUCAAUAAAAUAUUUCCUUGC